GCGGGGCUUGCGUGGCUCCGGGCCCUGGGAGCGCUUGGGGAGCAGCUGCUUCAGGCGGCCGGGCUUUAAGCCGCUGCUCCUGGCUCUGAGCACAGGCUGCGCCUGCCCCUCUGACCCCUGGCCAAAACUGCUGCACAGCUCCGGCUGUGGGCACAGCGCAGGCCUGCAGCCUCGCUGGGGAUGGUGGUCCCUGUGUGACUGCUUGGCAGGUGGCCCUGGCAGGCAGAGGCUCCUGCAGCUUUGCAUUCUCCUCUUCUUUGCUCGACACAGGUAAUCAUGAGUGAUCGAAAGGCAGUGAUCAAGAAUGCAGACAUGUCAGAGGAGAUGCAGCAGGAUGCUGUGGAGUGUGCUACUCAGGCCUUAGAAAAAUACAAUAUUGAGAAGGAUAUUGCUGCUCACAUAAAGAAGGAGUUUGACAAGAAAUACAAUCCCACUUGGCACUGCAUCGUGGGAAGGAACUUCGGCAGCUAUGUGACUCAUGAGACCAAGCACUUCAUCUACUUCUACCUCGGCCAAGUUGCCAUUCUUCUGUUCAAGUCUGGUUAGAGCCAGGGACUGGUACUGCCCCUUGCACCUGGUUACAGGACUGUGUGCUGACUCCUGACUAGUUACCACAGCCUUCCUGAUGACACAGUCCUUGGUCUUCAAGGGCAAUGGCAGGGAUUGUGCUAUAGCAGAGGAUGUUAUAGUGUGGCUAUAAAAAAGGAAAAAUGCCAAAAAAGUCUUCCUUGUAUUUAUUUUUUUUUUCGGACAGCUGCUUCUUUGCUAGUAGAGCUAUUGGAGCAGCUUUGCCUUUGGGAGUUUUAUUGCAAUCUACAGUAUUGCUGAUUACUACUUCUGCUGUGUAAGUACUGACACUGUUUAGUUCUUUCAGUUCCAAAGGUUUCCUACUCUUCUGAUUUGUGUUUUGAC